AUGUCUUUAUGUUAGUUUAAAAUUAAUUGCGGUACUAAAUAUCAUAUAGAUUAUUGGAUUUUACCUGGAAUUAAUGGUUAUAUGACAGAUUAAUUUUAUAGAUAACUACUUAAUCAUUAAAGUCCAAAACAUUUUGAUAAAGAAUUUAGACUACAUAUAGCAAAAUAAUUCGAAAAACUUAAUUAUUUAGUAGAAUAAGGUGAGGAAUUAUCACCUUUAUCAACUAAAGAAGCUUUUUCUUUUGGGUUUGAAAAAUUUACUGAUGAAGUAUUUGCACUUAAGUCUCGAUUAAUUUUCCAUAUUCUAGCUUCAAAAUGUAAAAAAGGAGGAGAGUAUAUAAUUUCAAUAAUCUAAAUGUUAGAAAAAGAAUAAAAAUUAACAUAUGAUUGUCUAUUUAGAAUUAUAAAAAAAAAAUACGGAAUAAGUGAAUAUAAACAUAUUCGAAAAUAUUUUAUAGAAGGUACAGGAGUUCCUCAUUUUUAAUUUACUUAUUAAGAUUCUAGAAAGGAAAAUAUGAUUACAAUAAAUAUUACUCAACACACAUUAUAAGAAGAAUUUUUUAGAUAUCAUAAUUUUGUAAGAAACGAAUUAGAAAAAUAGCUUGAUAUAUAAAAUGAAUAUAUGAAAUUUAUUGAAGAAGAAACUCUAAGUGAAAUCGAAGAAGGCUCAGAAGAUGAAAAUAUAAGAAGAAUCAAAAAGCAAUUAAAUUCAAUAAAAGAAUAAAAGAAAUUCGAUAAGAAAAUAUAGGAAAUGGUAAAUUAAUUGUGCCACAAAUUUUAAAAUCAAUGAGAUAUUUUAAAGGGAAAUUGGAACUUAUAGUAACAGAAACAAAAGAUUAAAGAAAAACAGACGAUUCUUAAUAAAUUGAAGAAAUAGAAUUAUCUGCUAAAUAUAAAUUCUAAAAAAAAGUACAAUAUAGAUCUGAACUAAGAAAAAAUAGUGGAAAAAAAUAAUAAGAAGAUGAAAAUUAAUAAACUAAAGAAGAUGAUAGAAAAAAAAUUUAAAAAAAAAUAAGAGAAAAUAAUUAAAGUUAAUGUGUAUGGGUUAAAAUUGAUCCUAAUAAAUAAUAUUUGCUUUCACAUGAAAUAUUAAACUAAGAAACUACUAAUUUAUUAAAAUAAUUAAUAAAAGAUAAAAAUUCAUACUAAGUAUAUAUUUUUUUAUUUGUAUUAAGAUAAUUAAGAAAUCUUGAACCGGAAGAUUCGCAAAAUUGCUUUUAUAAUAUAAAGCACAUAUUAGAAAAAGAAGAAGUAGAACCAGAUACAUUUAUUGAAUUAUUAGAUUUAUUAGUGAGAAAUUCUGUAAAUGGAAAAAGUUAAAGGACAGAUUGUUUUAAAUAUUUAGAAAACGUCCUGAAAACGCAUCUUAUAAGUCCAUAUAAAUCUCUUCUUCCAAACAACUUCGAAAAUACGAAAAAAUACUAAAUUAUUCUUACAAUUAUGAGGUGUGUUUCUGCUCUAAAAGACACACAAUUAACAAAUUCUGAAACUACAAUAUUAAGCGAGUAAUAUCCUCCAGAAAACGCUAUUAAAUAUUUAUUAAAACUUCUAAGAGAAAAUGAUAAUUCAAUUAAUAAAUAUGAUGAUUCAACCUAUAGAGCAAAUAUUAUUUGUAAUUUACUGUUAACUAAUCAUCCAGAUUAUAAAGUUGAAAUAAUUAAAGAAGUUAUAAGAUGCUUGGAAUAUGAAUAUAUCGAAAAAUCUACUAAUGAUAUUAUAUAUAAAGCAAUAAUAAUGAAUUUUUUUACUUUUUUAAUUAAAAAUGAUCUCAUUAA